GUCGCGCGCGCGUGUGCCCGUGUACAACAGCUGCAGCGGCGAUGUGCGGUUGUUGUGCGUAUUAUAUAGGUACUUACGCGUAGUUAUUACAAUAUUAUUAAAUUCGUAUUGUUUUGAUGAUAAUAAUAAUAUUAAUAAUAUUUUACAAAGCGUGUGCGGUUUCGUAUGUUCUGUGCGACGAGUUGCUGUGCCGUCGCCCAAGUGUGUGUGUGUGUGCGCGCGAGCGAUUCGACUAUCCGCGAAAAGUCAGUUUUAUUUUUUCCGACCAUCAUAACAUUUCCAAGUGUUUUUGGCUGAGCUUGCAUUUCGCUUUUACCAUCUACGGCCUUGUUGAGGUAGAUUUUUCCGCGUUCAAGUUCCCAUUUCCUAGUGGUUGUCCAUAUAUAAUACGAUCCACAMGUCAAUUGAUCUACGUGGAAUGAAAUAAUAUAACUGAUUACGUUACGCAGUGUUGCGCACGGGCGAACUGAACAGACGGUGUGACCGGUUGACGGCGGCGAUGACAGCGACGGCGACGACGAUGACGCCGUGAGUGACAGGACCCGCCAACAGCUGCAGCAGCAACAGAAACAGCGAGAUAGAGUGAUAUGUCGUCGUCGUCGGGUGAGCCGCAAAAAAGCCGACGGGUGUCGAGUAACCUGUGCCGGAGCGCGUCCGCGUCCCUCGGCCACUUGGACAGGCGCCGCGGCGACGGCAGUGGCACGAUGACAGCCGGUGGCUGCGACGACGGCUGCGGCGGCAACGCGUCGUCCGUCGGCGGCCGCGACGAYGACGAUUACGGCCACGGAGACCACCACGAUUUCGGCCAUGAAGGCCACGGUGGGUGCGACGGCGGGUCCGCAUCAGGAGGCGGCCACGUUCUCCGCCGUCACCAGUCCGAGUUCGGGUCACUGAACUGCCUGCACAACAGGCCUCGCACGCUCAUGGAGUCGCUGCUCAUCGCUAAAAUGGAGCGGGCCUCGCUCAACGGCGGCGGUGGUCACCAGUACGGAUCGCACCCGUCGCUGGUGCGCACCGACUCGAUCGGCUCGACCAGUUCUCUGGACUCAAUGUCGUCGAUGAGCAGCGACCUUUGUCGGUGCGACGACUGUCUGCUGGGCAUCUCCGACCUGCUGUACAUCAACACUUCCGGGUACGAGGGACGCCGCAGAAAGCAUUCCGGAUGGCGAAAGUUGAGAAAUAUUGUCCAAUGGACGCCGUUCUUUCAGACCUACAAGAAACAGAGGUAUCCGUGGGUACAGCUAGCCGGACACCAAGGUAAUUUCAAAGCCGGUCCGGAACCUGGUACGAUCCUCAAGAAACUCUGUCCCAAGGAACAGUUGUGCUUCCAAGUGCUGAUGAAGGACGUGCUGAGACCAUACGUUCCCGAAUACAAGGGUCACUUGACCACCGACGACGGAGACCUAUAUCUUCAGCUAGAAGACUUGUUGGGUGACUUCACUUCGCCGUGCGUCAUGGACUGCAAAAUCGGUGUCAGGACAUAUCUAGAAGAAGAACUGGCGAAAGCCAAAGAGAAACCCAAAUUGAGAAAAGACAUGUACGAAAAAAUGAUUCAGAUCGACCCGAACGCACCAUCAGAGGAGGAACACCGGCUGAAGGGUGUGACAAAGCCCAGGUACAUGGUUUGGAGAGAGACGAUUUCGUCGACGGCCACGUUAGGCUUCCGGAUCGAGGGUAUCAAGAAAAGCGACGGAAAAUCGAGCAAGGACUUCAAGACGACAAAGAACCGGGACCAGGUGAUCGAAGCGUUUCGAGAUUUCGUCGCCGGUUUCCCGCACGUAAUCCCAAAGUAUAUCAGCCGACUGAGAUCGAUCAGAGACAUGCUGGUGGAGUCCAAGUUUUUCACUACGCACGAGGUGAUCGGCAGUUCGCUGCUGUUCGUGCACGACAGUAAGAAUGCCAACAUAUGGCUUAUCGACUUCGCAAAGACGCUCGUACUUCCGCCRGACAUCCGGAUCAACCACACAUCCGAGUGGGUAGUGGGCAACCACGAAGACGGAUACCUGAUCGGCAUCAACAACUUGCUGGACAUAUUCACUGAGAUGAAUGCCGCGACUGCGUUUCCAGUCACUCUCAUCGAAGUCACGGCCCCAUCCGAAGUCGUCUGAACGCCGUCGACCGGACCAGUACCCAGACUCCCGCGACCAACUCACCGGUCAUCCUGCAAUUCCCGUGACCCACUUGCUGGUCUUCCGAACCGCGUGACCACCACGUCGACAACGUAAUAUAAUAUAUGUCGCCUGGCGCAAAAACAAAAACCAAAUUAAAAUUUUUUAAAUAACACUUUCGAUGUUCGAAGACAAACCAAGUCCCGACAUACUGCAGGAUUCGUUUUGAUUGCGACGAGUKUUUAAUCAUAUAAUUUAUAUCCCCCCACUCACCCCCUCCUACACCCAACCCGAUUUUUGGCGCACCAGAGGAUUUGCCAUCAGUAUUAAAACAAUGAUCUAUAAUAAUAGAAGAUAAAAUAUGAAUAUAAUAUAAUUAUACAUCAUCACGGUGUGUUGUAUAUGUAUAUUAUAAUACUAAUA